AAAAUAUUACAGCCAACAUACAUCACAAAUCAGUUUAAACAUCAAAGAUAGUCUUCUAACUGGGAAGUUCAAAUUCUCUUAUCUACUAUCUUUUAAUCUUUCAAUAUAUCUGGAUUCAAGUCCCACAGUUCUGUGCACACAUAGAGAGAACUGUCAUGACUUAGCAUCCAGCCUCUAAAACCCUUCUAAGCCACCGGGAAACACAAACUAUAUGAAGUCUGCUUGAAGAGCCAAUGCCUUUACCACAGCACACACCCAACAACCACCAACUGUAUUAUGAAAGGAAGAGAACAACAGAUGCUUUCUUUGCAAAGCCUGGCAACAAAAGGCUUAUCAUCUGCGUUUUUAUUUACUAGCCUAGCAGAAAACAUCCAUUGAAAGGGAGACCUGUGCUCAGUAUCCACUUCAUCUUCAGUAGUCUUAGACUGAGUAAACACAAUGUAACUCUCAAGAGAGAGGUUGUGGCUUCAUACACAAAUACAGAAAAAGCACAACUUGCUUGGGAGUCCUGCAGUGAAGUUCCUGGCCCUGCCCCAAGGAGUGUUUCAGAUUUUAUCCUAUUAGAAGUUAAUACAAAAUGCAUUAAUAGGCCAGGGAACAAGGUUAGGAAUACAGAUUCUUGGAGAACACUAGCACAUACCUCCUGCUUAAAGACCACUCUGAAGUGAGAGUUGGUGGAGCCAUCUCCCCACACCGUAAGUCAGGCCUCCAAGCCUCAGAAAGUGAACCUAAAGGCACCUGCCUGUGCCCAAGGCACUGGGUACCCUGAUCAGGUAACUCCUGCCACCAGGCCAUUUCCUACCUCCUGGUCAUUACCAGAGCUUGUCUUCAGCUCCUGAGGAGCCAGAAAGAAACUGCCUAUGAGGAGUGGUCAACUUUUAUUUUCUACCUCGUUGAGCUUAAAACAGUCGGUAACCCCUCAUGGCUGUUUUUCACACUGAAAGCAUUCAGCUAGACACUGUCUCCUCAUGUCUGCUGCAGUUUCAACCGAUCAUCCACAGCCUGGUCCACUGCCACGUUAUCCAGAAGUCUUCUUGGUGUGUGGCUAUGAGGAUAGGUGUGUCUCUGUAGCGUAGUCCCAGACACAGGUCUAUUUUUAUCCAGAGUUCACUAAACCUUGUUCCAAAGUCUUUAAUUUCUUCAGCCCUCACUCCCCUGUUUUGUGAGCUUGUUUACCAAGACAGCAAAGACAGCAAGAUGUACAUAACCACUCUCUAUGUUUUGCUCCCAGGCAGGAGAAUAAUCCUUAGUGGUGAUCUAAGGACUAGAGCAAAUUUGGGGAAAACAGUAAAGAAAAAUAAGUCUACGUUGACUAAUCGCUGGUACCAAGCGGGAGCUGCCUGCAGGCUGUAAGCAUGGGCUGGCUGAGGUUAUCCUGCGGGAAGGGAGCGGUGCAGCACAACCCAGCCUGAAGGCCAUGCUGGGCACGCAGCACAGCACAGGCUCACUUACGUGUGGUCUUCUUAACUCCUCGAUAUGGAAUGCUCCCCGGCUCAGGAUCACUAUACCUCAUCCCUCACUUCUUAAUUAUGCAGCCUCUGUCUUACAACAUGGAAGCUAGAGCUAAACUUAAUACUGUAACAUCAGUCUAAUUGAUUCCAUUAUAUACUAUGGAAGUCCCUUCCCUAGGCUUCUCUGUUCACAUACCCAAGAAUCCUGUUUACUACAGGGAGCUCAAGACAUGAGCUCCUGAACCCAAACUCCAAAAUUACUUGUAAUCCCAGCUCCCCACUACAUGUGAGCUUUCAUGAGACAACUGUUCAUGACACAGCCUUGCUACCAGCUGUGCUCUUUCCUCCUGCUGUACCUCAGCCUUCCCCUUGCAUCUGUCCCGAGACUCACCUGACCCACAGUGAGUUUGUUUAGCUCUUUACACACACAGAAAGUCACUUUCUUUUUGCAGGAUUACCCUGUUAUGUUAAACGAGGAGCCUGGCAAGUGCCUGAGCAAGAGGAAAGGGCACGGUGAAGGCACCUGGCUGGCAGAGCUCCCCAUCAGUGCAAGCAAGCGGCUCCAACAGCCAUUAAACAACGUGUCGUCAGUAGCAGCGGAGAGAGAAAAGUGCCCAUGCUUCACACUCGUCUGUGCAAAAGGGCACUUUCUUUUGCGUCACUGCAGAUCAUUUUGCAGACCCUACCCUUUGGUGUAGCUUCAGAGACAGCCAUGGCGACCGACUGGGGCAGGAAACGAAGUGCACAGGUAGGAGGUGGUGGAUGGCAAAGACAGCGGUUCCAAGCACCAUCACCGCUGAGAAGGCAUCGCCGCCGCGCCCCGCUACGGCUGCAGGCGCCGUUGCGGCGGGCGAGGUAACGGCCCCGCGGCCGCGGCGGGCCGGGCCCUUUCGGGGCCAAACCGGCAGGUGGAGCGCGGGCGCGGCGGCAGCCGGUGCCCGCCCGUCGGAGACCCGAGCCCGGGGAGCGGCGCGGCGCGGCGGGGGGAGCCGCGUAUCCCCGCCCGCCCGCCGCGGGGAGGCGGGCGAAGCCCCGGUGAGUCAGGACGGGGGAGGACCCGGGCCGCCUGGCCCGUCGGGACGGCCCUCGCCGCGCCGCGGGAAAACGCUCAUUCCCUCCGCGGCGCCGGCGGGGAGAGGGCGGCUCUCCUUCGGCGCAGCAAGAGGCCGAAGCGCCGGGCUCCGGCGUGAGGCGCGCCCGCGGCGGGGGAGCUGCCGCCGGCAGCCCGGGCUUCCGCCUCGCCGAUGGCGGGGCCGCAGCGUCCUGCGGAGAGCUGCUCCUGCCGCAACACAAACUGCGUGGAGCGGCCGCUGAGGCACCUCUUCGAAAGGCUGGGGAGCGGCGUGGCCGCCUGCCCCUGGCCCUUCGCGCUGGUGCCGCUGCUGCUGGCGGGUGGGCUGGGCGCCGGCUUCCUCUUCCUGCCGCAGCGGCAGGCGAACGACAUCGAGGGGCAGUUCACGCCGACGUGGGGGCCCGCCAAGGCCGAGCGCGACUUCGUGCGGCAGCACUUCCCCACCAACGACUCGGAGCGCUUCUCCGCCCCGCGGCUGCCCACCGAGGGCGCCUUCGCCGCCCUCAUCGCCGUGGCGGCGGGGGGCGGCUCGGUGCUGGCCCCGGCGGCGCGGCGCGACGUGCUGCGGCUGGACGCGGCGGUGCGCGCCCGCGGCUACCCCCAGCUCUGCGCCCGCAGCGGCGGCGCCUGCGCCAGCCCCAACCCGCUGCUGCCGCGGCUGGGCGGUGCAGCGGCGGCCGCCCUGGAGAACCUCACCUUCCCCGUCUACGAGGGCGUCUUCCUGGGGGCCGCGCUGGGCGGCGUGCGGACGGGGGCCGGCGGGCGGGUGCUGUCGGCGCGGGCCCUGAAGCUGCUGUAUUACCUGCGGGAGGACGGCCCCGGCGCGGCGGAGAGCCGGCGGUGGCUGGAGAGCUUCUUGCGGGACAUCCCGUCGGAGCUGGAGGCGCUGGGCUUCGCCUCCAUCCAGGUGACUUACUUCACCUCGCUGUCCCGACAACAGGAGUUUGAAGGAAAUACCAAGAGCGUGAUCCCACUCUUCUCCAUAACGUACUUCUUGACAAUAACCUUUUCGGUCAUCUCUUGCCUAAGACUGAGCUGUAUAAGGAAUAAUGUCUGGCUUGCAUGCUGUGGAGUGGUUUCUGCCGGUUUAGCUGUAUUAAGUAGCUUUGGACUGAUGCUCUUCUGUGGAGUGCCAUUUGUCGUCACUGUAGCAAACGCGCCAUUUCUUAUUCUGGGAGUUGGUGUCGAUGACAUGUUCAUCAUGAUCGCUUGCUGGGAACAAAGUUCAAGAAAAAAAGGGAAAUCUGUUAAAUCUCUCCUGGCUGAGACUUAUGCAGAAGCAGCACUUUCUGUGACCAUCACCACUCUCACAGACGUUUUGGCCUUCUUCAUUGGCACCUGGACUGCCUUUCCGUCCGUGAGAUCAUUUUGCCUCUAUACAGGCACUGCUUUUGUCUUCUGCUAUAUAUAUACCAUGACCUUCUUUGGGGCAGUUAUUGUGUUAAAUCACAGAAGGGAGCAAGGGAACCGACACUGGCUAACCUGCAUGCCUGUGGGAGUAGAUAAAGACCAGGCUGAGAUGUCCUGCUUGUACAGUGCUUGCUGUAUAGGCAACUGUUCUGGGCAGUCAGCUCAGCCAGAAGGUGAACAUCCAAUGAGCAUAUUCUUUAGAAAGUAUUAUGGCCCUUUUCUUACAAGUACCUGGAUCAAGCUACUCGUGGUGUUGCUGUACGGAGCAUAUUUGGGUGGCAGCAUUUAUGGAUGUACUCAGAUCAGGGAAGGCAUCGAUCUUCGAAAUCUGGCGAGCGAUGACUCUUACGUUAUUCCGUACUAUGACGACGACAAAUACUUCUCAGCGUACGGGCCCAGGGUCAUGGUUGUCAUUACUGAAAGUGUAGAUUACUGGAAUGAGACUGUUCGCCUUGGCAUUGAGAACUGCAUGCAGAACUUGGAGGGCAUUGCCUAUGUAGAUAAGAACCUCUCAGUCUCGUGGCUGAGAGUAUACUCAAAACUUGCCCAGAGUGGCUUGGUACAUAUAAACGAUGAGACUCUUUUUAUUAAUGACUUAACUGUACUGUUCCAAAUUGUGCACAGUUUUAAGUGGGACAUUAACAAGACUCGGGAUAAAAUAGAAGCUUCACGUUUUUUCAUCCAGACGGUGAACGUGACCUCGGCCGUUGAUGAGAAGAAUCUUCUCAAUGAGUUAAGAGAGACGGCCGAGCAGUGCAGCAUUCCAUUAAUGGUGUACCACCCCGCCUUCAUCUACUACGAUCAGUACCUGGUGAUAGUGCAGAACACCAUUCAGAACGUUGUCGUCGCUGCCGGGGCAAUGCUCGUUGUCUCUCUCUGGCUCAUUCCCAACCCGCUGUGCUGCUUGUGGGUGACUUUUGCUAUAGCUUCUGUUAUCGUUGGUGUUGCCGGUUUCAUGACAUUCUGGAGCGUCAAUCUAGAUUCCAUAUCCAUGAUCAACCUGGUCAUUUGUAUAGGGUUUUCAGUCGAUUUUUCUGCUCAUAUUUCCUAUGCCUUUGUUACGAGUAAAGAGGCGUCAGCCAAUGAAAGGGCAAGCGAAGCUCUGUCCCUGCUAGGUUACCCAGUAUUACAAGGUGCAGUCUCUACUAUACUAGGAGUAGUUGUCCUGGCUGCAGCAAAAACCUACAUCUUCAGGACGUUUUUCAAGAUCAUGUUCCUUGUCAUUUUGUUCGGGGCUCUUCACGGUCUCAUAUUUAUUCCGGUGUUUUUAACCUUUUUUGGAAACUGUGGCAGAUCACCCCACAAGACCGAAUCUAACAAGCUAGAGCUUAGGUUUAGAAAUGAUAAAGAUUGUCCGUGACAAAGUUAAAUGUAAUACGGUAUAUAUUUAUUAUAUGUAGAUUAAAAUGCAAUGACUUUCGGGGAAUAUAAGAAGUGAAGAAAACAAAAGAUAGAAAAAUAAAUACAACAGAGAAGCAAAGGCUUCAGAAAGGCAAGAAUAACAGAAGAAGAAAGCGCACGGAAUGGAUUUGCAUUUCUCAUUUUUGUGUGUGUGUGACAAUCACCUUAAUGUUGUUAUUUUUUUUUUUUUGACUUGCUGAAUGUAUUAAAACUACUAUAAACAGUGUUUGUUUGCUGAAUGUAGUAAAAGUAUCAUAAACAGCAACCACGGCAUCAGCUUAGUGGACGACAUUACAGGUUUGUCAGGCAGCGCACCCAGGAGGGAAGAGUAACUCCCACGGGUUUGCAUUUGACUCCCUGUACCCUGGUGCUGUAACUCAGCCCAACACUGAGCCCAAAGACAGGUUUUCCCCAGGAGGCUCAAACCUGGAGGUUUUACAGCAAGAUCACAAGAGGUCACAUGUGCCUCAGACUGCAGUAACUCCUUAAGCCUUCAGGAGAUGAAGGCAGCUUAGGCUUCUAAUGCAGCAUGAGAGCCCAUGGGAAACACAAAUUGACUCACAUUUUCUAUUCAAAUCCAUCUUCUCUUGGUGUCCCCUUUUCUCACUAAGAUUAAUCAUGUAGCUUUAAGGAGAUUGGCUGCAGCUUUUGUUUGCUGUGGUUUGUGAAGGGAUAUGCUGUAAGUGAUAGAACCUGUGUGGACCUGCUGAGUAACCACAAGGGAAGAUGCUGUGCCAUGGCAUGACAGGGCAAGGAUUCACUAGAGCAAAUCGCACCCUGACUGAGGACAAAGUGAAAAGUCAACUUGGGUUUCAGCUGGUCAGUCUGAAAACUAUAUACGUACAAAUUCUACUGUGUUCAUCAGUGACAAGCCAUCCUGUGAUGUAUCAGUAGAGCAGAGGAGCUUUCACUGCGUAAGAAGUAAGGAUAUAUGAGAAGGUCUUUUAACCUGUAAGGACGAGACACUGGAUGAAAAGGCAGUUCAUCACUGGUUGCCAGUUUACCUGUUGGAAAUCCAGUGACUGAUGGUAAUUGAUGUGUGUAAUUUUGGAAAAAUUGGUCUAGGAGUUAUUAAAGCAUUCCAUCCAAAUCUGCA